GCAACGCCUCAUCUGAUUGGAUAAAAAAAAACGAACUUAAGGUCACAUACUUUGAACGUUUCGUAAUAUUCUUCAGUGUACAGAAAAUAUUGGUUAGCGAACGCUCGCGGGAGAUUAAACAAACUAUUUUAUACUAUUUAUAUUAAUAACAGGAGAAUAAUAAAUUUGGAUAGAAGAAAUUUUCACGAAGAUAAGGAUAUUUACUGAAAGGAUUUAAACACGGAUAUUUUACAUGGUUGCAUUAUAUAAUGGCACCAACUCAUAAUUUAAACUCUGCAGUGACGGAUUUACAUAACCCUGUGUGUGUACAAAGAAAUAGUUUAAAAAUGCAUCAGGAAUCAUCUGAAAACUUACGGAAUUCAAAUACUUUACAGAGUGUGCUACUUGGGGAAAUCCCUUCAGCAUAUAUGCAUCUGACGUCAUCUCAUCGGACUACUUUUCAAGAGUGUAGGGAUUCUGAAAAGGACACAACUAUACCUUUAAUACAUAUCGAAAGGGAUCACGUGCAUUCAUUUAGACCUUAUACUUGUAGUUCUCCGAUGCGUUCUGUGCAAAACUCUUCACCACAAUCUCAUUUGGUGACAAGAUCACCAAAACGCACUCAUUCUCCAUUGGUGGAUAGGCAUUCAAAUUAUAGUAACGGAUCUUAUUACCACGAUCCGUCACAAUUCAGUGGUAGUGUAUAUGAACGAUCUUCACCGGCAUAUGAAGGAAGAUCAUCGCCAUUUCAAGAAUCAGGGUCUCCAUUCAUUGGAUCAUCUCCACGUUACAGUUCUCCAAAUAGAUCUUACUCUCCGAGUCAGAACGUAGGAUCACCUUACUCAGUACAUCAAAACGACGGGUCACCAUAUUCACCGAGUCUAACAAAUAGUCCGUACCAAACACGCCGCGCAGUUAGUCCGUAUUCAUCAAGCCGACUUGCAAACUCACCAUAUAAUUUUCAUGAAAAUUCCAACAGCCCGUACUCAGGAUCUCAAAUAGCAUUCGACAUUCGUUUACCUAUUUCUAAUUCUGAAGGAUACUCAGUGGGUAUUGAUGACCAGCCUAUUGACUUGUCACGUAAGGCUGAGCCAAAACAUAGUUCUACAAUAGUUUCGGACGAGAGUGAAUUUAAUGAAAGUCUUGGAAACGGAUCUCUUCUACGUACUUUACUCAGGCCAGGCAAACAUAUUAACACUGACUACAGCUCAGAUAGUGGACGUGAUUCUCCCGGAUCUGACGUAUACAGACCGGAUAUUCCAGUGACUGGUUCAACCCGAGUUACUCUUGCUAAAAAGAUGGUUUAUCCAAUAACAUCACGCGUAUCAGACUGGCUCGUGAAAAUCGUGCAGUUUUCAAAAUCAAUUCCAGAAUUUCAGUCAAUGUCUCAAAACGAUAAAAUGACACUAUUGUUAAAUUCUUGGACAAGAAUGCUUUUAUUACUUAUGGCUGAAAAUGAUUAUGAAUUCGCUGUCACUCCACUUCAUCGGGAUGAAAAACAAUCAAAUGAUGUCACGCCGUCUCAAGAUGAACCGACCAUGAAAUCAGUUGAGGGGAUUCAGAGUUUCACGCGGAAAUGCAGAAACAUGGGAAUGGAUCAGAAAGAAUAUGCUCUCAUGCGAAUGGCCGUCCUUUUUAAUUCAGGGAAUGUUGGAUUAGAUAAUACCGAACUUGUGGAAAAACUCAACUCUGCCGUGCAACAGUUAUUACAACAGCAUGUGACCACCACGCGCCCAGAUGACGUCAUGCAUUAUUCACGCAUCCUUAUGCUCCUGCCAACUUUAUAUGGAAUAAAUUGCCGCAUGGUUGAGAAUCUGUUUUGCAAAAGAAUAAACACUGACAUGCAAGUUUUACUGAAAGAAAUGUUGCAAAAUUUGUAGUGAGACUUUCAUUCAGACGCGUCGUCGCACUUCCGGUUUUCUCUGUCAGAUACAUUGGUACAUAAUUAAAACAUUCCUAAAAUAGACUUGUGAUUUAUGUUAUGCUAAACAGGAAAUGAUAACUAUUAAAAGCAUUACGAGUUUGUAUGGUAUUUCAUCGUCUUCUAAGACAUGCUGCCAUUUAAACAAAGAGGAAAAAUGACUGCGUUACGGAAUGUUAUGGAUAAUUAUUCGUCUGCUAACAAAUCGAUGUUGACCUAGUUUUAAGUGGGACAGGUUAAAACUCGCCGCUUUUCUCAUUUGUUUUUGAAUGUUUCAUAUAUAGUUUAAUGGAAAUUUUUUAAAUAUAUCUAUAUCCUUGAGCAUUAUCAAGGUUAAAGUAAAAUCGGUCAAUAAACACAUACACUGUGUAACUUACUGUAAACAAAGGUAUUGCUACAUUUUGGUUAUGAAACAUUUAUAUACUUAAACAAUCAUUACCAAUACAGACGAUGUUUGUCGAUGUAUAUAAAAUUUAUCAAUUAGCUAUAGUUUCUUCUAGAAAAAUUCGAGAGCAGGAUAAAAGCAUACAUAAUUUGAUAAAUAAUACUGUUGCAUUUGUUUAGGAUGAAAAAGUAUGUUUUGUAAUUUUCAGUAUGAACAUUUAACAAAUAUCUACUAAAGUACAUCUUUUUAUGUCUGUAGAGCAAAUUCUUUAAAUUAUUGCCUACAUUUUUUUUCCAUGAAAGUAAAUAAGAACAUGCUCAGAUAAGAGGUUAAAAUGUCAUUCUUGAAAUGCUAUACAUGAAGAUUUAUGUUAUUGAAGCAGUGUAUUUUGGUAUGAGACCAUAUUAGACUGUACAUAAUUGGAUAUUUGACCUUUUACAUAUAUUCAACUGUAUCAUUCACUAUGCACGGGGGUUACACCUGAUAAGUUUUACAGUUGAUUUUAUUUUUCUUAAAAUGUUAAAACAGAUGUCUGGUGAAUAUAAUUUGCUCAUCUCUUGCCAUUUGAGCCGUGCCAUGACAAAACCAACAUAAUGGGUUUGCGACCAGCAUGGAUCCAGACCAGCCUGCGCAUCCGCGCAGUCUGAUCAGGAUCCAUGCUGUUCGCUAUCAGUUUCUCUACUUGCUAUAGGGUUUGUAAGCGAACAGCAUGGAUCCUGAUCAGACUGCGCGGAUGUGCAGGCUGGUCUGGAUCCAUGCUGGUCGCAAACCCAUUAUGUUGGUUUUGUCGUGACGCGGCUCAUUUAUGUUACAAGUGGUAAAAAUCUGCCAAAUAAGGAUCUGUGAAUUGUAAGAAAAUGAACUGACAGAGAAUUUAAACUGAUAUCAUCUCAUGUACAAUUAUAAGUCUACUCUACAUUGUUUUUAUUUUUUACAUUUGAUACAAUGUGCAGCCACAACUCAUGACCCAUUUAAGAAUGACUGUAUUAUAGUUUUAUUUAUUUAUUUAUGUCUUUGACCACAAAUUUGAUUCGAUGAAAAAUAAAAAAAAGUAUAUGAAAUUUA